AGAGGUGGGUAUAGGGAAUGGGGAUGAUGGUGUUGAAUCAGGAUGAUCAGCUUCGAACCCACAAGAGGAAAUUUCCCUAAAACCCCACUACACAUAACCCUCCCCUCACCCACCCACCCACCAACAUGGAACUUGAUUCGCAACAACACCGCAACACCACUUCCAGAGCCACAGCCACAGCCACGGCCUCCACAUCUUCUACUACAACUGCUUUGACCUCUUCCGCUGUACAGCCGCAGCUCGUCGAUGCGUCGCUGGCUGCCGUCAAUCCGCUGAAGAGGUCACGGUCGACAGGGGAUCUCCACGAGAUGGUCGAGGGCAUAGGGCGGCGGAUCAGUAUUCCGGCGGAUUUCCAGAUUCCCAGCAUCCUGGUCCCAGAUGGCGGCCGGGGAGGUGGACGAGACGGCGGUGAAAGCUUCCCAUGGGGAGAAAUAUUCCUCUCCAACAGUGAGAGUACAAUGGGCGCUGCCCCAAAACGACGUGUAUCUAAAAGGAAGAGAUUGGAUUCCGAAGGUGACAAGAUAACGGGCACUGCCCCAAAAGGACGUGUAUUUACCCGGAAUAGAUUGGAGGAAACUCCUUUAGACCCUCAAGAAUUAAAACGAGGAUUAGAAGAAUUGAACUAUGUUCCGAUGGAAGUUCAUCAAACAAUCUAUCACCACUUUUCUAUCCUCCACGUGCUAGAUUUAUCACAUACCGAGAUAAAGUCUUUGCCGCAAUCUAUUUCCAGGUUAGUAGCCCUCCAAAAAUUGUUUCUGAGAGGCUGCGAGCUUCUAACGAAACUACCACCUGAAAUUGGACAACUCACGAAUCUUGAGGUGCUUGAUCUUGAAGGGACAGAAAUUCUCAGUCUACCAAAGGAGAUUGCCAAACUAGUUAAUUUGACGUGCUUGAAAGUGUCAUUCUCCGGAUAUGCAAAUCAGACAGUAAUUCCAAGGAGAGUCUUGUCAAAUCUGUCACGCUUGAUCGAGUUAAUCAUCGAUGUGACUCCAUAUGGAGGGUGGUGGGAUGUUGAAGUAGAAGCUAUUAUAGAUGAUCUGUGUACCUUAAAAGAGUUGAGAACCUUGAAAUUGUAUUUACCCACUGCUGAACUAUUGGAAGACCUCACAUUGAUAUUUCCAAGUUUAGAAAACUUCAGGUUUACAGUUGGCCGUCACGAAGAGCAGUUCAUUUCCCGUUUACCGCACGAUGUUGAAGAGGAAUUCAAUAAUUGGGAGAAACUAAAGAAAGGCUUGAAGUAUGUAAAUGGAAGUCACAUACCAAAUGAAAUUACCGAGGUAUUCAAACAUGCCAAUGCUUUUUUUCUACAGCGGCAUUGGACCGCUAAGAGCCUAUCUGAGUUUGGGCAUGAAAACAUGAAUGAAGUGAAGUUUUUCUUGGUUAUGGAAUGUAAUGAGUUUCGGGCCAUCAUUGAUUCUCAACGGUUUUAUUGGGGAAAAGAUGGUAGGGUUGAAUCUGAAGAUUUCCAGGACUUUGACGAAUCAAUUGUACUUGGAUCACUGGAGAAAUUGAUUAUUCGCUACAUGAAGAAUAUGGAGAUCAUUUGGAGAGGGCCAGUUGGGAAAGGGUCUCUGUCCAAUCUGAAGUCCUUGGCUUUGCAUACAUGCCCCAAUUUGACUACCCUUUUCACAGUUGACAUGCUUAUUAAUCUCACAAACUUGGAAGAGCUUAUAGUUGAAGACUGUCCAAAAAUCGAAAGCCUUGUGAGGGUCAAAAGUUCCAGCUCAAAGUCAGGCCUUUUUCUCCCUAGCUUGAAGAAGAUUUCACUUCUUGAGCUACCAGAAUUGGUCAGCAUCUCCAGUAGCCUAUGCAUUGCUCCGAAAUUGGAAAGGAUGGUCAUCUUUUAUUGCCCAAAGCUCAAAAAGCUUUCUGCCAUGGAAGUUUCGAGUACAGAUAUGAAGGUAAUAAAAGGAGAGAAGGAAUGGUGGGAUGCAUUAACGUGGUAUGAAUCGGAUUUGGGGACGAAACAAGAAGAUUAUUUGGCUGGUCUUUUUAUCCCGUUGAGAAGAGAUGGGGAUCUGAUGGCUCAAUUAACAAAUGACGAGAUUGCCGCAUAUGAUCAGGGCAAAGUUGGAAGCUACAAACGACUUGGUGGAAGUGGUGGUGGUGAAUUGAAGCAGAAGGCCAUGAUCAAGGACAAUGUGAAGAAGGGGGCCGCAGCACUUGGUGAUGACGUGGACAGUAACGACGAGUUAGCUAAUAAUGCCUCCGAGGAUGAUGAGAAGAAGAUAGGCAGCGGUGGCAGCGGAGGUGGUAGUGGUGGAAAUGGAAAGAAAAGUCCUAAUCGCAGUGGAGGAGGGGUUUCGAUGAGCCAGGGGAAGAGUUGCAUAACGGAUCUGACUGAUGCAAAGCAGCGCCGCAAACAGCGCCUCAAACAGCGCCGCAAACAGCGCCGCAAACGUCACAGUAACGACGUGUUAGCUAAUAAGGCCUUUGACGAUGAUGAGAAGAAGAUAGGCGGCAGUGGCAGUGGCAGUGAUGACAUGGACAGUAACGACGAGGUAUCUAGUAAGGCCUCUGAGGAUUCUAAUUGCAGUGGAGGAGGGUUUUCGAUGAGCCAGGUGGAGAGUUGCACGAGGUAUCUGACUGAUGCAAAGCAGUACCAUAGGCGGCGCAAGGUUGGUGAGAGCAGCCAACGUCACAGGAAAUCGAGGGUGAAGAGGGUAGUCAGAGUCCCGGCUGUAGGCAUGAAGAUGGCCGACAUACCACCGGAUGAUUUCACCUGGAGAAAAUACGGUCUGAUGCAGUUCAAAGGCUCACCCCAUCCAAGGAGUUAUUUCAAGUGCAGCAGCGUAAGGGGCUGCCCCGCGCGCAAAAAAGUGGAGAGAGCACUCGACGAUCCAGCAAUGGUGAUCCUCACCUACGAGGGAGAACACAACCAUACCCCGCCCGUCACGCAGGCAACUGCAGCCCUCGCCCCCGAAUCCAAUGUUUUAAAAAUCGGACCGGUUGGUGAACCGAAAAAGUGACUUGAGCGAACGGUCACCGGUUCAACCGCGGGUGAACCGGAGUUGAACUGUCGCGUUGUUUAUGCAAUGACAUAUACAUACAUAGGUAAACAUUACACAUCAUUCUAAUGUAUUUGUUUUCAUUGUUGUUCUUUAUUUAAGUGAACACCCGCACCGGGCCGCACGGUAUAUUUGAAACUUCAAAUGCAAUAUGUCAUAUUGUCAA